AUGAUUUAAGUAAUCCUUUUACUUACAAUUUAUAAGAAAUUUCCGUUAUGGAAUGAGAUGAACAAAUAACUAAUUUAAUAAUACAUUUAUUUAAUGCUUACCAAUUGUGAAGUUGUUUUAUUUAUAAAAAAAAACAAGAUUCAAACGUAUAGCUUUUAUAUUAUAAUAACAAUCUGCUUUCCUAAUUAAAAGCAGUUAAUUGUGUGAAAUUAGACUGGGUUAUAGAAUGAACAUAUUCUCUACUUGACUAAUGCACAGCAUAAAUUGUUAAAGUACUUUUGGCUAAUUUACAUCUAUGGAAUUAUCCAAUUAUACUUAUGAGAUGAAAGCAAAACUAAUAGAUGAAUAUUAAAAAUGAAACAAAACUUUAUCAAUUUUUAUGAUCUUGUAAAUACAUAGUUUGUAAUAAUUAUAAAUGAUGCCUA